UACACGGGUGCGUGGGAGGAUGCACAGACUGUUUAAGACUGGGAGGGGAAGACGCGUGACCAGUCCUAGUGUCGCCGCCACACCAUGAAGAGCCUACGUACAGCCUUCGCCCUCCUGGCCCUCGCCGCCCUGAGUGUUGCGGGUCCCUUGGAGAGGAUCAUCGGUGGAUCCUACACCAGUGAUGGAGACUACCCUGAAGUGGUGUCGGUGUACACAGACCCGCUGGUGGGCGGCAGACGUCACCUGUGUGGAGGCAUCAUCGUCAACGACAACCAUGUGCUCACCACCGCCACCUGUGUCGAGGGUGAGGGUAUGCUCUACCUGCACGUGAUGGGCGCAGGCUCCAACCUCGACGGCACGUCAGGCUACGAGGAGUACAAAAAUGUCAAUGAAAUUUUCAUCCACGAGAAUUAUGAGGCGGUGACACACACGAACGACCUGGCUAUUCUCCGGCUCAGCCACAAUUUCGUCUUCGUUAGCGGCCUGAUAUCCCCCGCAGUGCUGCCUCCCCCUGACACCCCAGAGCCAGCCACUGGCACUGUCGUGACGGUCGUGGGCUGGGGCCAGGACGGGCCAGACGGAGUGAUCCAGAGCCAGCAGAAGGCGGUCAACCUGACCUACAUGUCCCAGGUGGAAUGCGCCGAUAUCUACGGAAUGUUCGUGCAGCCCAACGAGGGGUGCUUGCAGAGCACCGAAACGGAGGGAGUCUGUGUGGGGGACGAAGGCGCGUUGGUCCGUGCCGCCGAUGGGACCGCGUUGGCUAUGGUGUCUUGGCAUCUCAGCUGUAACGACUACCCGGCUGUGGUGAAUCUUCUCGCUCCUUACUACGACUGGAUCGUUGGCCACUUCGAGUCCUAAGUUUGCCGUGUCACCAACAAGGAGAGACGAGCAGCAUCGUGUCUAAUGGAGAAGACCGAGUAACGCUUCGAAGGCAUGUUUCGUUUAUGUCAAAAAAUGGUGAAAUUAUUAAAGUAGACAUAAAACUUA